AUGUCAGAUACAAUCAAUGACUUGAAGUCGGCACUGCAGUGUACAACAUCAAUCUCAGAUCGUGAAACAAAAAAACAAGCUCUGCAGUACUUGGAAAAAUUCCAAAAGGCACCAGAAGCUUGGUUAGUUUGCCAUAGCUUGCUGAGCGCAGGAGAGGACCAGUAUGGGCUAGAGUUACUUGUAUUUGCGGCUCAAACAUUGAGAAAUAAAGUAACGUACGAUCUAGCGCAGUUAGAUGGUGGAAUAGGCGAUUUCAAGACAUCUCUUUUGGACCUUAUUGUCAAGCAUUCUCAAAAGUUGAUUGUCACGCAGCUAUGCAUUGCCCUGGCAAGACUAGCGAUACAGCAUUUGGAAUGGAGAAAUCCCAUUUCAGAGAUCAUAGAGAGUUUGAAUCAAUUUCCCCAUAAAUUGGUAGAAUUCUUGAAGAUUUUACCCGAAGAGACACUCGAUAUCAAGUCAACGCCGCUAAGCGAAGACGAGUUUCAGUCCAGAACACAUGAGUUGAUAGAUCAGAUUGCCGAAAAUGUGAUGGGGUACUUGGUUAGUCUUAUAGACACUCUGAACACCCCGUCAGCGAUGGUUACGGUGUCACAAUUGCUAAGGUGCAUUAACUCGUGGGCUUAUGAAGUACCAAUACACCAAUUAAUUAGCAUUAACAGCCUCAUCUCUCUUGUAUUUCACGUUUUGAACUCUGCUCAUGAUAGCGACACUGAGACUUUUGACGUGGCAGUGGAAUGCUUGUGUACAAUCGUUAAGGAAACACGAGACGUGGCUGACGAGAGUGUAAUCGCAGCACUUUAUGAACAACUGAUGGCAGUGCAGAGUAACAUUUGCCCCAUGGACCGCAUUUCUGAUCUGGAAGAGUAUGAAGAUAUCAUGGACGGCCUUACGAGAUUGUUUGCAGAAGCGGGUGAAGCGUGGUGUGUUUUUAUUGCAAAGAACCCCCAUGUAUUCAAGCCUUUGGUGACAGGACUUUUGUUUCUUACGUGCAAGAAUACUGACCUUGACGUCGUCAAGUAUGCGUUUCCAUUCUGGUUCAAUCUAAAGCAAAUGUUAGUGCUACCUCGUUUUAAAGAUCAAAGGUCCGCUUACCAAGAUAUAUUCACAGAGCUAAUUGAUGGUAUCAUCGCGCAUCUACGUUAUCCGUACGGAAACUUUCUUAAUAACGAAGAACAGGAUAAGUUCAAGGAGUUCCGCUACGACAUGGGGGGUGUCUUGAAAGAUUGUACCGCAGUCGUGGGUUCAUCAAAGGCCCUCGGUCGACCAUAUGAAAAGAUUAUAAGCGCACUGAACAAGCCUGAUCCGCUAACGCAGUGGCAAGACUUAGAAGCUCCUCUGUUCUCCUUGAGAACUAUGGCACAAGAGGUUUCUAAGAGUGAACACGUCAUGCUACCCCAGCUUUUUCAAAUUUUGUGUAAUUUGCCUGAGCAUCCUAAAAUAAGGUAUGCGACCACCUUAGUACUUGGAAGGUACACCGAAUGGUCGGCAAACCACCCAGAAUACCUCGAGAUGGAACUCAGUUAUAUUUUCAGUGGCUUUCAACAUGCCAAUGGUGAUGUUGAUAUCUUAACAGCAUCCUCACACGCCCUGAUGUACUUUUGUCAGGACUGUAGCUCGUUGUUAAGUGAUUUUGUUGAGCAACUAAUAGACUUUUACUGGAAAAUCGAAUCUAUUGUGGAGACGCAAUCCUUAUUUGAGGUGUGCCAAGGGCUAAGCUGCGUGAUUAAUCGUCAGCCAGACGACCGCGUAGGACCAACGUUGGAACACUUCCUCAAUCCGCAUUUACAAAAACUAGCCUCUUCAAUAAGCAGAUGGAAAGAGGGUUCAACCAAUAAUUCUGUUGCGGCAGAAGUUUGCGAUAAUAUUGAUUUGAUUUUUGCCAUAUUUGAGGAGCUGAGACCACGGUUCGAAACACCCGAGCUGGGUAAGGAGCCUCUUGAAACCUACAUAUGUGCUAUUUGGGAUGCCUUACAUGGAUUACUGGUGAAUGAAAAGGCUAUGACUAACUAUGCUAUAGCAGAAAUUGCGAUGAAAUGGGUUCGUAAGGUCUUUUUAAAUUUUCACACAUUCAUUGGUUCUAUUUUACCUUCAGUUGCUAAUUUUCUAACGGAGGGUUACGCCAAAACUGGGUUUGGCGUCUACCUGUGGUGCUCUGGGUCUCUCAUUGCAGUUUUUGGUGAUGAUGAGUCGUUCCCAGUUGACCCACAUACCAAAGAGGCAGUUUGGCAAUUUGCUUGUGCACAAUGCGUCACAUUCAUGGGUACCUUUAGUAAAUUGACUGAUUCGAAUCUGGAAGAGUACCAAGAAUCAAUACAGGACUUCUUCCUAAUGAUGACCGAUGUGGUGAUGUUUUUUCCAGACAGAUUCCUGACAUCUGAAGCAUUGCUAGGACCCGUUGUUACUUUAGGACUUACAUUCGUGACCAAGCUACCGAAUUACGAUGCCUACAUUACAAUCAUACGGUUUUUGGAUGACGUGUUGUCGUGGGGUUUUGAAACGCCUCCAAUAUCAACUGCGGCAUUGGAUAUCGUUCCCGAGGAAUGGAAAGAAAUGGUUCUGCGUGAUGUUAUUCGGUCACAAGGAUCCCAACUGGUUUACGCGAUUAUGCUGGGGUUAGUUACAACGUUUAGCAACGACUCUCACCCGGAUGCGAUUGGCUGCGUAAUGAAGUGCUUGAAACUGUGCUUGAAAUGUUCUGGCGGCAAUACCACAGUUGUGCUAGAAUGGCUCAGUAAUGCUAUGAAUGGUAUCGGUCAAGUUACCGAUAAAGAACGCGCAAACCUCUUGACCAUUGUUGGAAAUGGGUUGCCACAAAAAGACAUGAGGCGAGUAAGGAAUGGUUUGAAAGAUUUUGUCAGCUGGUAUAGGAGAAAAAACAUUUCACCUAGGUUGCAUUCAUAA